CACAAAUAUUUUCCAGAACACAUCGAUUGCUUCCAUCAUAUCUGCCACACCGUGCCUACCUUGCCACCUCCUUGCACAAUGGCAACAAGCGCUGAGCUCGACUUCGUCACCGUAGACGUCUUCACCUCCGAGCCAUACCAAGGCAACCCACUAGCCAUUGUGCGCAUACCUAGCGGCCGCACACUAACUCAGAAACAGAAGCAGACCAUUGCACGAGAAUUUAACCUUUCCGAGACAACCUUCCUGCAUGAGAAUGCGGAGGGGGAAGCCAAUCUAGCAUGGACCGUGGACAUCUUCAUGACAUCGCGGGAGCUACCGUUCGCAGGGCACCCCACAGUAGGUACGGCGUGUUAUGUCCUAGGACGAACUGCUCAGGCUCAAGGCCUUGAUCAUGGCGUCAUCGAGGCAGCCUUCAACUUGAAAGCUGGACCUGUACGGCUACAAUACGACGUGGCCAAGAAGACGGCCAAGGCUUCGAUACCUCACGAUGUACACAUUCAUGAAAAGAGAUAUACCAACGAAAUGCUCUUCAAAGUACAGCCUCAGUUGGCAGGGGCUCAUAGCCAGGACAAGAUCAAAGUAAAGAUUGACUUUCCUAUAGUCUCCAUUGUCAAAGGCAUGACGUUUGUUCUGGUCGAGCUGGAGAGCGUCGAGGCCUUGGCCAUGGUGUCAUUGGCUGGUCAAUCCCUUGCAAUUAACGGCCUGGAUGAAGGUUGGGACAAAACCUUUGUUGGAAUGUAUUUCUUUGUUCGAGUGGCAAACAAGGACCAAGGAGUGACGAGACUGAGGACGCGGAUGAUCGAGGGUCCGUUGGAAGAUCCAGCCACUGGAAGUGCUGCCAGUGAUCUGGCAGCCUAUAUCUCACUGACAGAAGGUGGAGCCAACAAGACAUUCCAGUACGAGAUUGUGCAAGGCGUGGAGAUGGGAAGGCGUAGCGAAAUUCUCAUCGAUGUCGACGUGAAUGAAAACGGGUCUAUUUCGGAGGUCCGUCUCGAAGGUGGCGCGGUUCAGGUUAUGAAGGGGCAAGUGGUUGUCUGAAAUCGCAAAGGUAGCGUCUUCUAGAUCAUGGUAGAGCAUCCGAUAAUUCUAAGGCAUGGAUAUUCGCAGUCCCGAAGAAUAACGCGUGGCUAGAGUCUAAGCCGACAAGCGCAGUUGAAAUUAUUAAGCAAGGGACUGCACCAGCCCUCCACCUUUUUCCCCCGGCCAACGUCACCAGCCUGCUUCAGAGUAGUCC